AUGGUGGUGGAUCAAGUGGGAUCGACGAAGAUCGAACAAAGUUCUAUGGAAUCGGAUCGCCUCCCGAAGUGCCUUCGUGGGUUAUUUUCCAAACCCUCCGAUCGAGUCGGAUCGACGCAGAUCGGACAAAAUGAAACGGAGGUUCCUACUUCUGUCGUAGACGCGGCUUGGCAGCGGCUUGAAGAGAUGUGCUCAUCGUGGAAGCAGUUUCGUGGGACUGAAUCCAAACCUUCCGAUCGAGUCGGAUUGACGCAGAUCGGACAAAAUGACACGGAAUUCAGAACGUUUGUUCCUAAGUCUAUCAUGGAGGACUCUCGUCGGCGGAUUGAAGAGGAGUACAGAGAGAUUGAAUCCCAUCCCUCCGACUAUUUUGCGUGCCGCAGGCACGAGUGGAACUCAUAUGAAUGGCUAUUUGGAAUCAGAGGCCCUAGUGGAACUGAAUACCAAGAUGGGAUUUAUCAUGGGAAGAUCCACUUCCCGAAGGAGUACCCAUCGAAGCCUCCUUCAUUCAUGUUUCUUACGCCCAAUGGUCGCUUCAAAACCCGCAACAAGAUCAGGAUAAGUCGACUGGAUGAGUGGCAGCCAUCAUGGGGGGUGCGAGAUGCUUUAAAUGCACUUAUCGAUGAAAUGCCUACCGACCCAGAUGGUGGUUCAGUAGAAUAUAGUAAGAAACAAAGGCGAGAGUGGGCAAGCAGAUCUCGUGCGGCCGCCCCAGAAUGUAGCACUCCUGAACGGCAGAAGCUAGUUGAAGAGAUUCAUAAUUAUCUGCUAAGCAAGUCAUCACCUGAUCCUGUUCCUUCCCAAAAUCAUGGAGCCAAAAGAAAGCACGGCACAGGCAGCGGCGGUGGCGUCGUGAAUGUUAUUGGGAAUAUAUUUAAUGCAAAUAAUUCAAACGGAGUAGGGAUUUUGGAUUCUAUGAAUGAGGCCUCCAACCCCAAGAAAGCAAAACUAGACGACCAUGUUUAG